AAUGAAGUAUACUGAAAAAAUCAGUUAUCAUGUAUAAGAAUUCUAAAAUCUCACUAAAUAUUAUCUAACCAAUUACAUGUUUGAACAAAAAGAAAAGUGCUAUUAAGAAAACAUCAAAUCUGUAGACAAUUAUGUAAAUUGCGCAUUGCAAUUAGUCAAUCAAUUUAAUGAGAUGUCAAAGAAGUUUAGAUACUAAGGACUCUACUUUGAGCAUAGAUUUGUUGAUUGUUUGAAACAUAGACCAGAUGAAGGAGAUAAUUAUAAAUGCAUCUAAAAGUUGGAAAAGGAUUUAAAAAUUGAAGCCAAGAAAAUUACACCCAAAGAAUGAG